AUGACGCCUCAGCUAUAUAUUAACUACAAACUGAAGUCUGUAGACCACCUGCCGUGGCGUGCCCUGAUCUACAGGUCCCUCAAUACCUUUGUUGACGAUGUGGCUUCCUUCCUAAUUGACAUGCCCUGGAUGCACCGGCUCUCCUGCUUCCGUGACGCUGAGGAGUCUUUGUCCUUUGCCGAUGCCGCCCUUGACCCUCUGUUCCUUCAACUUAACAUCAUUUUUAUUGUCUACCUCUACCAGCGCUGGAUAUACCGUGUAGACAAGAGCCGUACCAUGGGCGCGCAACUCCAGGCGGCUUCUCAGCAGUCUGCAGCAGCUGGAGAUGAUGCAGCUAAUGCACCAUCCACAGCUGCGCAAUCCUCUGAGGCUGCCAAGGCAGCAGCAUCGCCGGGAGUCCAGGCAGCCAGUGAGGCAGUACCACGCGUUGAGAGUAUCGAAAAGGACAAGGGCAAAGCCUCCUGCACGGAAGCGGAGGGACUUAGAAGGCGGCAACCGCAGACUGCGGGGGCCCCUCAUUCCUGA